UCCGGAACCGCAUUAGAAGUCGCCUCUACCCCGCUUAAUGGCUCGUGGUUUACGGAGUCGCAGCUGAGCUGUCCGGUCGUGCUACGGUCUGCGAUUUAUAUAAUGCAGCCAAGCGCGCCGGGUCUGGAGCUCUCAGUUGAGAACUUAAUACUAUUACUCUCAUCAAUUCACUCUCCCUCUAUCUCCAGCUAGAAGGAGAAACCCAAUUGAUCAUCACCUCCACAGCAAUCGCAGACAAAACACCAGACACCAAGCAAAAUGAGUCUCCCGCAAACCUACAAGCACGCGAUCUUCAAGUCGCUCGGCGCUCCUCUGGUCAUCGAGGAAGUCCCGCUCACGCCGCCCGGUCCCAAUGAGAUCCUCGUGAAGGUCGAGGCUUGCGGCGUGUGCUUUUCCGAUAUGUUUGUGCAGAACAAUAUCAUGGGCGCUGGCUUUCCCCUCGUCCCGGGCCAUGAGAUCGUUGGCCGUGUCGCUGCCGUAGGAGCCAGUGUUUCUGGCUGGACGGCUGGUGAUCGCAUCGGUGGCGCCUGGCACGGUGGUCAUGACGGAACAUGCAAGGCCUGUCGCAAGGGUAUGUUCCAGAUGUGCGACGAGGCAGUUGUCAACGGCGAGACGAAGAACGGCGGAUACGGCGAAUACUGCCUCAUCAACCAAGAAGCGGCCGUCCGCGUGCCCAAACACCUCCCGGCCGCCAAAUACGCCCCGAUCCUCUGCGCCGGCGUUUCCGUCUUCAACUCCCUGCGCCAGAUGAAGGUGCCCGUCGGCGAAACCGUCGCCGUCCAGGGCCUCGGCGGCCUCGGCCAUCUCGCCAUCCAGUACGCGAGCAAGCUGGGAUACCGGGUGGUGGCGAUCUCGCGGGACGGCAGCAAGGAGAAGUUCGUGCGGGAGCUGGGCGCACAUGAAUACAUCGACUCGAGUAAGGAGGAUGCCGGCACGGCGCUGAAGAGGCUGGGCGGUGCUACGCUGGUCGUCUCGACGGCGCCGACGGCGGAUGUGAUGACCCCGUUGUUGAAGGGUUUGGGCAUGUUGGGAAAGUUGUUGAUUUUGUCGGUACCCGGCGAAGUCUCCAUCGACACAGCUGUUAUGCUUAAAUACGCCCUCUCGGUGCAGAUCUGGCCUGCCGGUCAUGCCACGGACACGGAGGAAGCGAUCGCCUUCACCGAACUACACAACAUCGACUGCAUGGUGGAAGAGUUUCCCCUGGAAAAGGCGAACGAUGCAUUUGACGCGAUGAUGAAGGGAACGGUGCGGUUCAGGGCCGUUAUUACCAUGGAGUAAGGAUCUACGAGAUCGAUGCAUUUGUCACGAU